CUAUGUGGACCACACUUUAGUCAUCAGUCAAUCAUCACAUCAUGUUCUGCUGGGGAGACGGUUCGAGUGGACAGUUUGGUCUAAACUUUGAGAAUGUGUCUCUUCCGAUAGCAGGGAAUAUAUUCUCUGAUAAAGUCACAGAAAUUGCUUGUGGGGAGCAACACACUUUGUUUCUCACCGUAGAUGGCAGGAUCCUAUCAUGUGGGCGCAACUCAAAGGGACAACUUGGUAGACAGAAGAAAAGAGAUUCAAAACUACCAGCCCCAGUGGAGGGUCUGGGGGCAGUGGUCUCUGUGGCUUGUGGUCAGGACCACUCUGUAGCUGUGUGCGCAUCAGGACAGGUCUACUCCUGGGGGGCAGGGGGUGAGGGACAGCUGGGCAUCGCACCUACUACUGUCUCCAAAGUCCCCAGGCCAAGACCAGUUCAAAUACCUUCGCCCUUGCCGAUAACAGUGAUACAGGUUGCUUGUGGAAAUUCCCAUUCUUUGGCCCUGACUAAAGGAGGACAGGUGUUCUCAUGGGGUCUGAACAGCCAUGGACAGCUGGGCCUGGGGAAGGGAGUCCCUCUGCAGCCCAUACCUGCCCUGGUGCGCCCCCUCACAGGGGUCCCAGUGACCCAGGUAGCAGCCGGAGGAACCCACACUCUGGCCCUCACCCUCCCAGGCCUGGUCUACUGCUGUGGGGCGAACAGGGCUGGGCAGCUGGGACUCAACCGUGUGGAUGAGAAAGGCCGGUUCAACAUCUGUUCUGUGCCUGCUCUCAGAGUCUUGGGGGUUUCCUUCAUCAGCUGUGGAGAGGCACAUUCUGCUGUCCUCACCAAGGGUGGACAGGUGUUCACCUUUGGAGAGGGAAGCCGAGGCCAGCUUGGGCACAACGCAUCAGCUAACGAACUCCUACCCAAACUGGUAGAGGGUAUGGAUGGACUGGCCUCACAGAUAGCAUGUGGCAGCCAUCACACCCUGGUGCUGGGGUCCUCAGGUCAACUCUGGGCCUUUGGCAGUGGGGUCAAAGGUCAGCUAGGGACUGGCAUUACGGAGGGCUGCUUGCGACCCACCUCAGUGCUGCUGAAAAGGGCUUCUGGUGGGGCAGCAACAGUCAUACACAACGACAUGAAGAUAUCAGUGGGAUGGAAUUCAAACUUCAUUUACACCACUGAGAGUUCUGAAAGAGAACAGCCAAUCGGGAGGUUAGAUAAAGCCAAGCUGCAAAAAUGGCUGACGAUGGAGCAAGGAAAUGCAGAGGCGCAAAGAGAAAUAUCCUUGAUGUUCUCAACAAGUUCAAGUCUUGUGGCCAGUUUCACCAAAGCCAGUGAGUCUCCAUCAACUAAAGCUGCAGGAGCUUUGAGAGUGGACCUAGAGGCUGCUAGCCAGGCUUUUGAUCAGCUCUUCAACAUCCCAUGGAUCAGGAAAUCAGUAAAUAUAUUGCCACUGGUGGACACUCUUUGCAGUUCAGCAGCUGUCAUCAAGUCACCAGAGAUCAUUAUGCUACUACCCACAAUCCCUCUUCUCCACGAUGACCAGAAUGUCAUGAACAUGGUCAUGGCUUUAGCAAUAGUUAUCGCUGAGGAUCUGAAUGAAACGGCCAUGAAAAUUUUAAAAGACUGGUGGUCGUCACUGGAGCCUUCCAUCAUGACUAAGCACAUUCUGAUGUGGAAGAAUGCCCUGUCAUUCAUGCUGAGGAACGGUCUUCUGGCUACCCACAACCCCGGAGUCAAAUUCCUGCUGGAAGCCCUCAAGUACCUCCACAGAGCAAACAAGAGGGCCAGAAGAACCCAGGAAGUUCCCGCCAGUACCUUUUAUGUGGAAGAGAUCAUUGAUAGGGUAAUUCCUAUGGAUGAUGUGAAUCUUUGGCACUUUUGGUCAACAAGGGAGGACACAGAGGUGACACCAGUCAUCUUUUGCCGUUACCCAUUUGUGUUGAGUCUGAUCUGCAAGAUGGCAAUUUUCAACAGCAAGGCACUUUUUACUAAGGUGGUUCACCGUCUCACCCACCUGCAAACAGUGAUGUAUCCUUCUGGAACGUUCCCAGACAACCCAGAAUCUCCCCCUGCUCCAGUCUUCCAGUUGACCUUAAGGCGCCCGUCACUCAUCGAAGACACCUUCAGACAACUGGGUGCUGCAGAUCAUGACUACUUCCAGAGAGAACUUGUGGUGCAGUUUAUGGAGGACAUGAAGCUGUCGCUCGUCAACAUAAGGGACUUUUUCCUCCAUGUGUUUGAAGAGCUGUUGGCACCAGAGUCUGAGAUGUUCAUGUACAACGACACCAAGACACUGGUCUGGUUCCCUGCCAAGCCCAGAGUGGAGGAGAAGAGCUACUUCCUGUUUGGUGUCUUGUGUGGCAUGGCCCUGUACAACCACAACAUUGUACACCUGCCCUUCCCUCUGGCCCUGUUCAAGAAGAUGGUGGGGGUCAAGCCCUCACUGGAGGACCUGAGAGAGUUUGACCCUGUUGUGGGAGGGAGUUUGCGGUACCUCUUGGAGGACUACACUGAUGAUGAUGUUGAAGAAAACCUGGGCAUGACCUUCACCGUGAUCUGGGAUGACCAGAAGGUGGAGCUGGAUCCCAAAGAAACAGGAAAACCAGUCACAAGUUUUAACAAGAAGCAGUUUGUUGAUGCCUACGUGAACCUCGCCUUCAACCAAUCAGCGGAGAAGGUGUUUGAAGAGUUCAGGAGAGGCUUCUUCAAGGUGUGUGACAGGGACAUGGUGGAGUUGUUCCAGCCUGAGGAGCUCAGGGGAGUCAUGGUGGGGAAAGAGGACUACGACUGGGACACGCUCAAACAGAACACUGUGUAUGAUGGAGAGUACCAUGCCAGACAUCCCAACAUCAUCACAUUCUGGGAGGCUUUUGAGGAACUGACAGAUGACCAAAAGAAAGCUUUCCUCCUGUUCCUAACGGGCUGUGAUCGCGUUCCUAUCCUGGGCAUGGACAAGAUACAGAUGACUGUGGCAGUCCUGCAGAACUCUACUGAACUACAUUUCCCAGAAUCUCAUACCUGCUACUUCCUACUGCUGCUGCCCAUCUACCCCUCCAAGGAGAUGCUGCUGGCCAGGCUCAAAGAGGCAUGUGCCCACAACAGAGGCUUCUGGAAGGAGUAAUGGACAUUAUAUAUAGGCUACUGCUGUGUUAAUUAUUUCAUUCAAUGUGUUUCUUACAUGUCAAUAUAUCUCUUCAGUUUAGCAUAGGAUUUUGGUUGUGUUGAUAUAGCCUUCAUCUAGCUUCAGAUUUUACACUUUAAAAAAAAAACUUUAAACCUUGGCUUUUUCAAGUGAACAUUUUAAAUUUGCAAAUGUUUAGGCUAUGUAUAGGCUUACCGUGUUAUUGGAAAAAACUAUCCUUGACUUAAAGUCCACUAAUUUUGAAUGUGAGUUAUGAAAAAACAUUGAUUUAUUUUGGCAUUUUAUCUAAUUCUGCAUGGGAACAUCCUUUUUUCUGGACUGCAUUAUAUUUUGACAUUCGUGUCUGUAUCUUGUGUUUUUUAACAUAAUAAUUAUUUAUGUAUCUAAAUAAUACAGAUAUUAGUUUCACCUUAAAGUAUUUUCUUUCAUAAUUGAGUAUUCCCUCAAAUGCUGAGCAGUGGUGUGGUUUCUCCAACAACCUGCAUAACCUUCCCAGCUAGCACAUAACGUUCUGAGAACUAUAUGUUUCUUCUUCGUUUUGCAUACAACCUUCCCUUAACAUUUCCUACAGGAUUCCUUAUGGUUCUAUUUAAAGUAAAUUGUUCAGAGAUCGUUAAGAAACAAUGUUCUUCUAUGGGAAUUUCCAUACUUCAGCAUAAUGUUUUCUGCAGCUUUCCUCAUGCUUCUAUUUAAAUCAGGGAUGGGCAACUUUGAUGGGGUGGGGGCCACAAAAAAAACAGAACUCAUCAUGAGGGGUGGCAAUUCUGCACAUUUUGCCAUUGGGCAUAAAGAAAAUGUUGCCGUUUUAACGCAAGUUUAUUGCAAUCCUACACAGUUUGACAUGGGGCGGAGAGAAGAUACAUUUUUUGGUCAAUGGGCCCCAUCCCAGUCGGUAAUUCAACCAUACAGUUGAAGUCGGAAGUUUACAUACACCUUAGCAAACUACAUUUAAACUCAGUUUUCCACAAUUCCUGACAUUUAAUCCUAGUAAAAUUCCCUGUCGUAGGUCAGUUAGGAUCACCACUUUAUUUUAAGAAUGUGAAAUGUCAGAACAAUAGUAGAGAAUUAUUUAUUUCAGCUUUCAUCACAUUCCCAGUGGGUCAGAAGUUUACAUACACUCAAUUAGUAUUUGGUAGAAUUGCCUUUAAAUUGUUUAACUUGGGUCAAAGUUUGGGGUAGCCUUCCACAAGCUUCCCACAAUAAGUUGGGUGAAUUUUGGCCCAUUUCUCCUGACAGAGCAGGUGUAACUGAGUCAGGUUUGUAGGCCUCCUUACUCUCACAUGCUUUUUCAGUUCUGCCCACAAAUUUUCUAUAGGAAUGAGGUCAGGGCUUUGUGAUGGCCACUCCAAUACCUUGACUUUGUUGUCCUUCAGCCAUUUUGCCACAACUUUGGAAGUAUGCUUGGGGUCAUUGUCCAUUUUGAAGACCCAUUUGCGACCAAGCUUUAACUUUAAGACUGAUGUCUUGAGAUGUUACUUCAAUAUAUCCACAUAAUUUUCCUGCCUCAUGAUGCCAUCUAUUUUGUGAAGUGCACCAGUCCCUCCUGCAGCAAAGCACCCCCACAACAUGAUGCUGCCACCCCCGUGCUUCACGGUUGGGAUGUUGUUCUUCGGCUUGCAAGCCUCCCCCUUUUUCCUCCAAACAUAUGGCCAAACAGUUAUAUUUUUGAUUCAUCAGACCAGAGGAUAUUUCUCCAAAAAGUACGAUCUGUCCCCAUGUGCAGUUGCAGUCUGGCUUUUUAAUGGCGGUUUUAGAGCAGUGGCUUCUUCCUUGCUGAGCGGCCUUUCAGAUUAUGUCAAUAUAGGACUCGUUUUACUGUGGAUAAAUAUACUUUUGUACCUUUUUCCUCCAGCAUCUUCACAACGUCCUUUGCUUUUGUUCUGGGAUUGAUUUGCACUUUUCGUACCAUAGUACGUUCAUCUCUAGGAGAUGUUGCUGACAUGGGCUAAGUGCAUGACUGCUGAUGCGAAACCAAAUUUUAAAGUUGCACUUUGUGUAUUCUAUUAUUCUAACUCCCAACAGUAAGUUGAGACUGAGUGAGCUCAUGUAUUUUUUAUUUUUUAUAUAUACACUACCAUUCAAAAGUUUGGGGUCACUCAGAAAUGUCCCAUUUUUUUGUCCAUUAAAAUAACAUCAAAUUGAUCAGAAAUACAGUGUAGACAUCGUUAAUGUUGUAAAUUACUAUUGUAGCUGGAAACGGCAAAUUUUAGGCGUACAGGGGCCCAUUAUCAGCAACCAUCACUCCUGUGUUCAAAUGGCACGUUGUGUUAGCUAAUCCAAGUUUAUCAUUUUAAAAGGCUAAUUGGUUAUUAGAAAACCCUUUUGCAAUUGUGUUAGCAAAGCUGAAAACUGUUGUCCUAAUUAAAGAGGCAAUAAAAGUGGCCUUCUUUAGACUAGUUGAGUAUCUGGAGCAUCAGCAUUUGUGAUUUCAAUUACAGGCUCAAAAUGGGUAAGCAAAAAUGUACGUUCCCUCAACUGCCAAGGAACCAAAUGUGCUAUCUGGUGUGUUUGUUAGUUUAAAAUACUUUAUUUACCUGGCCCCUGUCCCUCUGCAUAUGUGUCAGCCUGAUAUUUUUGUUUACUCAGGCUAUGCCCGUUGUGGCAUAAGUUUCUGUUUGGAGGAAAUGUCAACUGAAGUUUCGUUUUCGUAUCAUACUGUGUUGCUUUUACAGUUGUGUCCAAUGGCAUAAAGUACUUAAGUAAAAAUACUUUGAAGUA